GAAAUAAUUAAAAAGAAAGAGAAGUGACGGCCCAAACUAGAAAACCGAAGCAACGCAGAGAGUUGAGAACGGAAGAGAAGAUACAUUCCUUCUUCUUCUUCUUCCUCCCAAUUGGCUAAUAGUGCUGCGGCUGAACCCUCUAGAACACUUGGGUGGUGAAUAUGAGCACUUAAACUAAAGAGCCUCUGUCAUUAAUCGAGAAUACCAUAUGAAUCGGAUGAUAUAUUGGGCUCUUAGAAGUCAAUACUUCCACUCUUUGUCUGCAUUUCAACAACUUGAACAGACAUCAAGAAAAGCUUCUGCCUUGAUAGAAACCUCUACCAACACAAAUGAAACACCUAAGAUUAAGAAAAAGAAAUUUGUAUCUCAUGGAGUGGCAAUUAAAUUAAUAAGGCGCGAGAAUGAUCCACAGCAUGCACUGGAAAUCUUCAACAUGGUUUCUGAUCAAGAGGGGUUUAAUCACAACAAUGCCACAUACGGUAUUAUCCUCCACAAACUGGCUGCUUGCAAAAGAUUUGAGAUGGUUGAUGCUGUUCUUCACCAGAUGUCCUAUGAGACUUGUAAAUUCCGUGAAGGUAUAUUCAUUAACCUCAUGAAGCAUUUCUCGAAGUCAUCUCUUCAUGAAAAGGUGCUGGAUUCGUUUAAUGCAAUUGAGCCAAUCGUACGUCAAAGACCAACUCUUAGGGCCAUUAGCACGUGCCUCAAUCUCUUGGUGGAAGCCAACAAGAUUCAUAUGGCUAAGCAGUUUCUAUUACAUGCCCGUGAAAAUCUCCAUUUAGAGCCCAACGCGUGCAUUUUCAACAUACUUGUCAAACAUCAUUGCAGGAAUGCAGAUCUUGAGGCAGCGUUUGAAGUGGUUAAAGAGAUGAGGAAGUCACAAGUUUCUUAUCCCAACUUGAUCACAUACUCAACACUCAUGGAUGGGCUGUGCCGGUGUGGAAGAAUCCAAGAGGCAAUCAACUUGUUUGAAGAAAUGGUCUCAAAAGAUCAGAUAAUACCUGAUGCUCUGACUUAUAACAUCUUAAUAAGAUGGGUUUCUCAAGGAGGGGACAUCGAAAAAGGUAGGAGAAUAUUGGAUUUCAUGCGAAAGAACGGGUGCCCACCGAAUUCCAUUAAUUACACAACCUUGAUGCAUGCAUGCUGUGAGCAAGGAAGAUUAGACGAGUGCAUUGCGAUUUUCACUGAAAUGAAGGGUUAUUUCAAUAAACUUGAUACGGUUUCCUAUACAGUUCUUAUAAACUGCAUGUGUAAGUGCGGCAGAGUUGAUGUAGCCGUAAACUUGCUUGAGAAGAUGAAAGAAAACGGUCGCAUAUCCGAUGAUGUUGCAGUUAGGAUUAUACUUGCAGCAUUGUGCAAGGAUCACAAGUGGGAUGAAGCUUUGCAUUUAGUGGAGAGCUUAUCUAAGGAGGGGGUAGUAUACCUUAGCAAGGGAUGUUACCGGAUCGUGUUGAAUGUGCUUUGCAAUGAAGGUGAACUGGACAAGGCCAUGGAGUUGUUGGGAAUGAUGCUGAGGAGGGGCUUUUGGCCUCACCACGCCACAUCAAACGAACUGUUGGUACGAUUCUGUGAAUCUGGAAAACUUGUCGAGGCAGCAUUCGCAUUGUAUGGAUUGGUGAACGUGGGAUUCAAGCCCGACCCUUGCACGUGGGGCCUAUUAAUCGAUUCGAAUCUUCGUGAAAGAAGACUUUUGCCUGCAUUUGGAUUGCUGGACGAGUUGUGUUCUCAGUAGCAAAGAUGUGCCACUUCUUUAAGUUCAUAAUAGAAGAGGGGCUCAUUUGGAAACUUUUUUCCCUCUGUUGAACACAAAUGCCCACUCAUAUGAUUCCAGUCUAACCUUCUCAUUUCUACUUUUUUUUGUGGAAAUUGUUUCAUAUUUUUAUUGCAAGAUGAGAUUAAUAUCCAACAAUUUUUGUUUGGUCUCUUGUGAGGCUUUUCCAUCCAUUGUGGCUCGGAUAAAAGGUGGCUAUUGAGAUCAAUUGGCUACUGGUGUCUAUAAUAAUAAAAAUGGAAGAAAUAAAUAUGAAUGGCUUGUUUGGUGACUUUUACAGGAUUGAAAUGAUAUAAGUUGUUCAUGGAGCUGCCCAGGUUCUCUGGUUUUGUUCAUGGAGCUGCCCAGGUUCUCAUUUGGACUGGCCAGGUUCUCUGGUUUUGUUCAUGGAGCUGUUAUGGUUUUGUUAAGUGGAAUGGGUUACAACCAGCCACUUGGAAUUGUUUCUGUGUGGCUUGAACCAACUCCUGUGGUGUUUAGGCUAUGUUUUGCUGUUCUCCAGGGCUGGGCAGUGGCAUCACUGGGUUUGGCUAGGCUACUUCGUUGGACAGCCACUUUAAGCUGCUGUUGGCACUUUCAUUGCUGCCAUUUUCGAAUAGCAUACUCCUUUGUGCUGUUUGUUUGCUGAAGUCAAUCUCUUGAGGGAUGGGAUGGCAUGCAGAGGUUGUUGGCAGACCAACCUUAUCCCUUGCACUGGGUGACUUUUGUUUGCUGUGGUUUGGUUACGGAAGUUUUGGGGCUGACUGUGGUUUCUUCACCAACUGGUUCACUGCCCAGAAACUUCACUGAACACUUCCCAAAAUCACUGCGCUGGAUUUUGCUCUUUGGACAGCACCUAACUUCUGUUUUGGCAUGGCUAGAGAGUCUUCACGCUGGGGCUGUUGUACAUGGUUCCAAUUCUGAUUUUGGUGGGGUUGAACCUUGCUGGUCAUGGGAAUUGCUGUACUUUGAGCUGCCACGAGUCACACUUCUACCCCUUCUUUUUGAACAUCAACUGAAAUGGAAACCAUUGUUGAGCCUUGGGCUCCAAUGUUUCAACACCACAAAAGGGAUGGAUUCGAAGUAAUUAUGUUUCAACCAUAUUAGUUGCCGGUCUGGGCUGGGGCAGAUUCUUGUGGUGAUGUUGUGGUGGCUUAUGGACUUCACCACCCGGGCUACCUUGUGACCUGUGUGGAGGAGAAGGACAUAUGCAUGGCUAUUCCCACCAUCACACCUUUGACCUUCACUCUCUUUUUGGGUCAAUUUUUUUGCAUGAGCAUGGUGAUGCCAUACCCAGUCUGAUGUGGAUACUAGUACCAUAACCUCUGGCAUUUGGCAAUGGUGUCUCCUUCGUUCAUGGGUACGACAUUUCAAAACUGAGGGUGAACCUGAUGAUCCUAGCAUUGCUGAGGGAUAUGUUGAUGUAGUGGCAGUCAUUAACGCUUGUGACCCUCCGGUUUUGGUGUCUAUGUUGAUGUAGUGGCAGUCAUUAACGCUUGUGACCCUCCGGUUUUGGUGUCUUGAUGAUUACCAAGGCUCUCAUGACCAUGGACGCUUAAAUGUUCCAAUGAUGAAGGAACGAACCCAUACCUUCGGAGGAUAUUUUGAAUGAUCGUGCUUUUGAGGAAUACGAUGAGGAUGAUGACGCGUGAGGACGAGAUAGGACCUGGGGAUGUGAUGGUCAUGUUCUGCGUGGUGUUCAUUUUCCUUGUGCUUGUACUUGUUUACUCAUGUUUUGUUGAUGGGCGUGCGUCCCUUGGCAUGUGUGCCAUUCUCUCUUUUUGAUUUUACAGGGGUAUGUCCCGAUGCAUUGUAUGUUUACUUUGUGGAUGUACUUUGUAUUGACUCUUGGAUACUAAUAAUUUACAUCUUAUCCU